CCAUAAAAGCUCCAAUUUGGUCUUCAAUAGAGGCGGAAUUUUACUCGUUCAAAAAUCAUUUAGAAAAAUUAUCAAUCUUCUCAAAUACCAUCGCUGAAACUCAAUACGCGAAGAAAGCAUCCCAUUAUAUCAAUAUUUUGAAUGAUCUUCGACGCAUAGGUGCGCAUUCUGCAGUUGACUUACCUACCAUAGUCUUUUGUGGUAAUCAAUCUGCAGGAAAAAGUUCUUUACUAGAAGCAAUUUCAAGUGUUCAGCUACCCAGAUCUGAUGGAACUUGCACUCGUUGUGUAAUGGAAUUACGCUUAAUUGAAUUAGAAACAGAAUGGUCUUGUCAAAUUUCUUUAC